ACAGCACGAGCAGCCGCGUUUGUUAUCAGAAAACCCCUCGUGGGCCUCCUGCGGGCAACUGGAUCAGCGCGCGCACACGCACGGCAGCCAAUCGGCUUUCAAUCAAUGGAGCUAUUUGUGAGCGCGCGCGCGAGGCGUUUUAGGUAAAGUCUCGGUAAAGAUAGUUUUGUGUGGGCUGCUUUUGGCGUCGUUCUCGGACCCGCCAGCGACUGCGAGUCUAGCGGUGCCGCACGUCUCUCCACCUGCGUCUCACGCCGAAGAGGAGGCAUCCGGAUAGAAGGUGACCGGGCAGCUGACCUAACGAGUUUGUUGCGGAUACUGGAAGGAACGGAUUUUCAAAAUGCCCGUGGCAACAUCCAGCUCUGACUCCGCUAUGCACCAGGCCCUGGACACGCUGAGCGACAGCACAAGCUCCACUACUGCUAACGACCUGGACCUCAUCUUCCUCAAAGGCAUCAUGGAGAGCCCAGUGGGUCACGAGCGCUUUGAGGAGCCGAAGCUGGAGGCUGUGAGGGAGAACAACGUAGAGCUGGUCCAGGACAUUCUCAAUGAGCUGGGCCCGUUAGCGGACAGCAGCCAGGCGGCCGAGGAGCUCGUCCGCAUCCUGAAAGAACCACACUUCCAGUCCUUAUUGGAGACCCAUGACUCUGUGGCGUCCAAAAACUAUGAGACCCCGCCUCCCAGCCCCUGCUCCUUCAUGGACCCAGCCCUGAACAACCAGCCCGUUCCCCCAGAUGCAGUCAGGAUGGUGGGCAUCCGUAAGGUGUCUGGUGAGCACCUGGGGGUGACAUUUCGAGUGGAGAGCGGCGAGCUGGUGAUCGCCAGGAUCCUCCACGGCGGCAUGAUCGACCAGCAAGGCCUGCUCCAUGUGGGUGACAUCAUCAAGGAGGUCAAUGGCAAGGAGGUGGGCAACGACCCCAAAGUGCUCCAGGAGAUGCUGAAGGAGGCCAGUGGGAGCGUGGUACUGAAGAUCCUGCCCAGCUACCAAGAGCCGCACACGCCGAGACAGGCCUUUGUGAAGUGUCACUUUGAUUAUGACCCAUCCCACGAUAACCUGAUUCCCUGUAAGGAGGCAGGACUAAGCUUCAGCAGUGGGGACAUUCUUCAGAUCUUCAACCAGGAGGACCUCAACUGGUGGCAGGCUUGUCACAUAGAGGGGGGCAGCGCGGGUCUAAUUCCGAGCCAGCUGCUCGAGGAGAAGAGGAAAGCAUUUGUGAAGAGAGAUCUGGAGCUCGCUACCACAGGCCCUCUGUGUGCAGGAAUGGGUGGCAAGAAGAAGAAAAAGAUGAUGUAUUUGACUACAAAGAACGCAGAGUUCGAUCGGCAUGAGCUGCGGAUCUAUGAAGAGGUUGCCAAAGUCCCACCCUUCAGGAGGAAGACGCUGGUGCUGAUCGGUGCACAGGGUGUCGGCCGACGCAGUUUGAAGAACAAGCUGCUGGUGUCUGAUCCCCAGCGGUACGGCACCACCAUCCCCUUCACCUCCAGGAAACCAAAAGUGGAUGAGCGGGACGGCCAGAUGUACUCCUUCAUGACCCGAAAUGAAAUGGAGUGUGACAUAAAAAACGGCCGUUUCUUGGAGCACGGCGAGUACGAUGGGAACCUGUACGGAACGAAGAUCAACUCUAUACACGAGGUGAUAGAAACCGGAAAGAUCUGCAUCCUGGAUGUCAACCCACAGGCACUCAAAGUCCUGCGGACGUCAGAGUUCCUGCCCUAUGUUCUGUUCAUUGAAGCUCCAGACUUUGAGGUCCUCAAAGCUAUGAAUAGGUCAGCAAUAGAGUCAGGAGUGGUCACGAAACAGUUAACGGACUCUGAACUAAAGAGGACAGUGGAUGAGAGUGAGCGUAUUAAGAGAGCCUACGGACAUUACUUUGACCUCUGCAUCAUAAACGAUGGCCUGGAGGCGGCGUUCCGAAGUCUGCGGCUGGCACUGGACAAACUGUCAACGGAGCAGCAGUGGGUGCCUGUCAGCUGGGUCUUCUAAGGGACACGGAGGCCUCGCAGGCACGGUGCCAGAGCCAAAGGUUGGAGGACGGCUAACAUGCACAGCUCCACUGGGGCUGUCUCCAUGCAUUUGUUGAUGGUAAGGGUCCGCAAUGAAGGGCAGAGAGUCACGUUUCACCGUUAAUGACCAGCCUCACGCAGAGCUGUUUUGUAUAAACUUAGUGUUCUUCUGUUGAGCCCAAUAUCAAAUUGUAUUUUGUUUGUUAGAACCGAAAUUCUCUUGGUAUUUAGAGUUGAUUAUGAGGUUUAGUGCAAUAGUACGAGUGUGUAUACAACAUCAUAAACGUGGAAAUAGAGUUAGAGUAAUGCAUAUGUUUUGCAGAUAUCAGUGCUCUGUUGGAGGUUUUCUUUGAAGGAUAUUAAAUACUUAAUGUAGAGUAAUGUUUACAUUGGCUCUGUAGGACAGAUAUGUCAAAGAAAGGUACAAAAUGUCGGAUUUGUAUUGAAGUCUCUUUAUAUUUUAGUAUCUGAUCAUACAGAAUGAUUGUAUGUGUUCAGACAAUUUGUGCAUCUUGUUCGUCCCCAUUCAUUUAAACAAACAAGCAAUAGAUACUAUUAAAACAUAUAUACAUGCAAUCAUGCAAUACAUUAGCUCACGCACACUGAUCUAUACUGAUACAUAAUAUAUGUAGACAAAAAACACAGAGUCGCUAACUGCUGGUUUUCUGUCCCCUGCUGGUAAAACCUCUGAUCCAGUGAAGGGAUCCCAGUGUUCGACCACUGUAGCACUCAACCUAUUUAAUGGUUACCCAACAUUACAGGCUGGAAGGCUGGUGGAGGUCGUCGCGUUUGUUGUGUAUGAUUCACAAAGAGUAAACACAUUUACCAGUGUCUUCUUAUUCAUACUUACUUUUGCCUUAACAUUGUUAAAAAGCCAAGGAAUCGCUCUAUUUUUUCAUCAUGGAAUGCGUCAUUUCUAUCACUGUACAUGUUCCAUCUUUGAAAAUAGUAAAAAAAUGGCAACUUUA